AUGGCGAGUCUACGGGAUCAGGACGCCCAGGAUACGAAAGCCGUCCCCGAGCCAGUCAAAUCACCAUCGACUUCAGGACAACCGGAUACCCGUAACAUCGAAUCUGGCCAGACUGCAUCAUCACUCGCCACUCGCUUGGGCGACGUGGUUGAUGAGAACUCACCCCUCCUCAGCAGCAAUGAGUCGGAUUCAGACGAUGCAGCAAGACCAACUCCUGCCCUACAGCACGUCGACGAGACGCAGGAAACCAAGGGGUUGUGGUACAUGAUCAUGCUGACUGUCAGCAUGGGCGGUUUGCAGCUUGCAUGGGCGGUUGAGCUGUCGAAUGGAUCUCCAUAUCUACUAUCUCUCGGCCUUAGCAAGUCACUCAUGGCACUGGUAUGGAUUGCUGGGCCGUUGACGGGCACUCUCGUUGUGCCGUAUGUCGGAAUGAUUAGCGACAACUGCCGCAUGCGAUGGGGCAAACGUCGGCCAUUCAUGGUAGGUGGCACUAUUGCUACUGUUGCUGGGCUCAUGUUCCUCGCCUGGGCCCGGGAGAUUGUUGGAGGUGUACUAGGCAUCUUUGGCGCGGACCCGAAGUCGGAAGGUGUGAAAGUUGUCACCAUCAUCGCCGCUGUGAUUGGUAUAUAUGUGCUUGAUAUUGCCAUCAAUACCGUCCAAGCCGCCAUUCGCGCCUUUUUUGUGGACUGUGCGCCUGCUCAUCAACAAGAGGAAGCAAAUGCGAUGGCGAGUCGGGCUACUGGCAUUGGAAACAUCAUAGGAUUUAUUGCGGGAUACGUGAAUCUUCCGGCAUACUUGUGGUUUCUUGGAAACAACCAGUUCAAGAUUCUUUGUGCCGUGGCCAGUAUUGGACUAGCAAUCACAAUUGCACUCAGUACGAUUAGUAUUCGUGAAAGGGAUCCUCGAAGAGACGGUUCUCCUAUCAAGAAGACGCCAAACAUUGUCACAUUCUUCUUCAACAUCCUCAAGUCGAUUAAGCGACUGCCCCCGCAAACCAAACGAGUCUGCGAAGUCCAGUUCUUUGCCUGGGUUGGAUUUUUCCCGCUCCUGUUCUACACCUCUUCGUACAUUGGAGAGAUUUACGUCCAGCCAUACCUGGAGGAGAAUCCCGACAUGACGCUCGAAGAGCUGGAGGCUUUGUACGAACAAGCCACCCGCAUCGGGACAUUUGCGUUACUGGUGAACGCCAUUGUAAGCUUACUCACAAACAUAUUUCUACCCUUCUUCAUUGCGCCUACUUUCGACGGUCACCCGGUGUCCGUCAACAAACACACUGGUCAACCUGUUGCGACCAAGACAACUGGACUGCCGCGACGAUCAUACCUCGACUAUUUGAGAAUACCAGGAUUCACCCUUAAGCGAGCCUGGCUCGGAUCACUGGUUUUAUUCGCAGUCUCCAUGUUCUGCACCGUGCUUGUCCGGUCCGUUGCAGGAGCCACGGUCUUAAUAGGUUUGGCUGGCAUCACCUGGGCCAUGGCUCUGUGGGCUCCAUGGGCCAUCAUCAGCGGUGAAAUUAGUCGGCGAGACGCCAUUGCUCGGGUACAGAGGCUUCAAAAUAUGGCACCAUGUCAGAGCAAUGGCCCUGAUGCACCGUCGUCCAACGGAAACUCGCAAGACAUGGAUGCUGAAUUGGCUGAUGAUGAAGAAGAAGUGGACCAAGCCGGCGUGAUCCUGGGCAUUCACAAUAUGGCCAUUGCAGUCCCCCAAGUCAUCGCCACUGUGGGAUCAAGUAUAGUGUUCAAGUUUCUGCAGAAGCCACGGGGUACGCCUGGUGACCACAGUUUUGCCAUUGUCAUGGCACUUGGGGGCAUAUCUGUCCUGGGCUCUUGCAUCUUUGCCGUUAGAAUUAAAGAUGACGUGGAUGCGACGGAGGAGGCUGUUCAUGACGAGGCUCGGGGUGCUUUACUCGCCGACGAAGACGCAGGGAACUAG